UGUAAUUUUUCACCGUUUUGCACGACACGUUUAAUUUAUUCAAUUGGAAAGUUAUCGCCAUAAUCUGGCAUCUCAUAUUAUUUAUGCUUCAUUUUCUAUAUUAUCACGUCACAUAUAUUAAAUCAGCUGUAGCGUACUAGUUCUGUUUUCAUUAUCCACUGGCGUCUCCAAAUUUGAACUGUUGUGAUCUUUUCAUUGGAUGAUGUUGAUUACAUAAAAAGUGUCCGCCAAGUUGAUGUGCCGACGGCAAGACAGACAGAAAGGCUGAAAUAGGCUACUCGAACAUUCGCUGCAUGAACUAAGAAUUUGUAUAAUGCCCGCUGAAGAAAAAGAUGGUGCAGCCGUUCAAAUAGGUAGAAACAAACGUAUUUUGGCAAUUGGCUCCGCUGUCAUCCUUUUUGCCGCAAUUGGAACUUUGAUCGUUGUUAUCACAGCGCCUACCCAUGAGAUCAAUUCAUGCCAAGCAAUAAGGAAAGCGUCUGCUGAAGGUCGGGAUUUCACCCUUGAAUAUGACGUGGCGGAAAUAAAUGCGUGUGAAAAUUACGGUUGUACUUUCGAUGUAUCUGCUUGCGACAUUCCGUGUCCAUUGGGUUUCGAAACAGAUGAUAACAGAUGUGAAAUAAGCUGCCGUUGUUCGUCUGACUCAAAAGGGACGUUCCAGGGAGACAUACAGUUUGAUGACACCGAAGUUAACGGGCUGCUAGUUAGAUAUGGCUAUGCUUCUCGUGAACAAACGUUCGCUGUUUUCUCUAGUUCUGUCAGAGAGUCAGCGAUUUUGUGGGCAGAAAAAAUAAAUGACCGAAUCAAGAUCCCCUAUACAAUUGAUGAAACGUUAGGCGAAAGUAAACAAGCGAUUCAAAAAGCUAUUUCGGAAUACAAAGAAAAGACUUGUAUAGAUUUUGUUCCCAGAAAUUCGGAAGAAAAUUAUGUGACGUUUCAGUCAGGGGUUGGGUGUUGGUCAAGAGUUGGAAUGAUUGGUGGGCAACAAGAUGUUGCAGUGGGGAAAAAUUGUAAAUCAGCCGGAAUAAUCAUGCACGAACUAAUGCAUUCUAUUGGAUUUGAACACGAGCAUACAAGACCAGACAGAGACGCAUUCAUUACUAUUGAUAUGAAUAGAGUAGAUCAGAAGUAUCUAUUGAAUUUUGCGAAGAUAUUGGACCCAGUGAAAAAUCUUGGAAGGCCUUAUGAUAUGGGUUCGGUGACACAUUACGGAAGUAAAGCUUGGUCGAUCAGUCCCGAUGAAUAUUCAUUUGUAAAAAAAGAUGGCACCCCAAUCAAGGGUCAAAGAAAAAGCUUGAGUACAGAAGAUGUGAAGGAGAUAAAUGCAUUAUAUGAAUGUGCUGGACAAGGUGACGGCGGAGGCAACAUUGAAGGGGUAUCAGUUUUGUCUGUGUCCGCUUCGAUGGAAGUCUCAGAAGAUAUCGAAAAUGAUGAACAAUUCGGUCAGCCUUACGACCCAGACGCACCUCCAGAAGACGACAUGGAUGAAAACUUGUCAUCAACAGAGUCAACUUCGACCGCUCAACAAACAGGAGGCGUCACAGUGUCUCCGUCAUCUCAAGCAGUUUUUGCACCCCAUGAUGAUGUUUCAUGGAGUGAAUGGGUGACUUGGUCUGAUUGUACACAAACUUGUGGAAUAAGUGAAGCUUUACGAUUUCGAAGUUGUAUGCAAAGGGAUGGAUUUUCUGGUUGGGGAUGCGAGGGAGAAUGGUAUGAUACGAGAAAAUGUGAGAAGGAUGCAUGUCCUGGAAAAUUUGGAGAAUGGCAGCCAUGGGAAUCCUGGGAGUCUUGCAGUAGAACUUGUUCAAUGGGUUACCAAUGGCGAAAUCGAAAAUGCCCUGAUGGUGAAUUAUGCGAAGGAUUCGGUAUAGAUGGAAGGUAUUGUCAAAAACCUGAAUGCUGAACUUGAAAUGAAUUUUAGUCGUAUUAUAGUUCAAUAUAAGUAUAUUUUAAAGUUGUAAAAUAAUAAAUUAAUUA